AUGCCACUGUGCCAUGUCAGCGGGCACCAGUCACUGACACGAGUGCCAGUACUCUCUGCACGGAGUCAGAGCAGGAGCCGGAGUCAGAGCAGGAGCCAGCAGGAGCCGGAGUCAGAGCAGGAGCAGAGCAGGAGCCGGAGUCAGAGCAGGAGCCGGAGCAGGAGCCGGAGUCAGAGCAGGAGCCGGAGUCAGAGCAGGAGCCGGAGUCAGAGCAGGAGCGGAGAGCAGGAGGAGUCAGGAGCAGAGCAGGAGCGGAGCAGAGCAGGAGAGCGGAGCCGGAGUCAGAGCAGGAGCCGGAGCAGGAGCCGGAGUCAGAGCAGGAGCCAGAGCAGGAGCCGGAGUCAGAGCAGGAGCCGGAGUCAGAGCAGGAGCCGGAGUCAGAGCAGGAGCAGGAGCAGGAGCAGGAAGCAGGAGCGGAGCAGGAGCCAGAGCAGGAGCCGGAGCAGGAGCCGGAGUCAGAGCAGGAGCCGGAGCAGGAGCAGGAGAGCAGGAGCCGGAGCGGAGCCGAGAGAGCAGGAGCCGGAGUCAGAGCAGGAGCCAGAGCAGAGUCAGAGCAGGAGUCAGAGCAGGAGCCAGAGCAGGAGCCGGAGUCAGAGCAGAGAGCAGGAGGACAGGAGCAGGAGCCGGAGUCAGAGCAGGAGUUAGAGCAGGAGCCGGAGCAGGAGCAGGAGCAGGAGCCGGAGUCAGAGCAGGGAGCCGGAGCAGGAGCCGGAGCGGAGUCAGAGCAGGAGCAGGAGGAGUCCAGACAGGAGCCGGAGCAGGAGCAGGAGCCGGAGGAGCCGGAGCCGGAGUCGGAGCAGGAGUCAGAGCAGGAGCCGGAGCAGGAGCCGGAGUCAGAGCAGGAUCCGGAGCAGGAGCCAGAGCAGGAGCCGGAGCAGGAGCCGGAGUCAGAGCAGGAGCUGGAGCAGGAGCAGGAGUCAGAGCAGGAGCCGGAGCAGGAGCCGGAGUCAAGAGAGCAGAGUAGGAGUCAGAGCAGGAGUCAGCAGGAGCAGGAGUAGGAGCAGGAGUCAGAGCAGGAGCAGGAGCAGGACGGAGUCAGAGCAGGAGCCAGGAGUGGAGCCGGAGUCAGAGCAGGAAGCGGAGCGGAGCAGGAGCCGGAGCCGGAGAGGAGCAGGAGGAGUCAGGAGCAGCAGGAGCCGGAGCAGGAGCCGGAGUCAGAGCAGGAGCCGGAGCAGGAGAGAGCGGAGCCGGAGCAGGAGCGGAGCAGAGCAGGAGGAGUGAGCAGGAGUCAGAGCAGAGCAGGAGCAGGAGUCAGGAGUCAGAGCGAGCAGGAGCCGGAGCAGCAGGAGCCGGAGCAGGAGCAGGAGCAGGAGCAGGAGCCGGAGAGCAGGAGCCGGAGUCAGAGAGAGGAGACCGGAGCAGGAGCGGAGUCAGAGCAGGAGCCGGGAGGAGCCGGAGCAGGAGCCAGAGCCGGAGUCAGAGCAGGAGCAGCAGCAGGAGCCGGAGAGGGCCGGAGCGGAUCAGAGCAGGAGCGGAGGAGCCGGAGUAGGAGCUGGAGCCGGAGCCGGAGAGAAGCGGAGCCGGAGUCAGAGCAGGAGCCGGAGUAGAGGCAGGAGCCGGAGCAGGAGCCGGAGCCAGGAGCUGGAGUAG